AGAUGAUUUAUUGAUGUGAUUAUUUGUGCUUCAUUUGUUUAUUCAAGGAAACGGAUUCAUUCAAAUAUUACUUAAUGUUAAGAUAUUUCUCACAUUUUUUUCACCAAGCGGUCAAGUCAACGAGGCCAAACCAAUGCUUCGCAAAGCAGUCUGCCCGCGUGUCAGUGAGCAUGACAUCAUCCAUAUGUGUCCGUUAAGUCUUCAACACGAGCACGUGAGUCAUGGGGGUGCUUUACCUGCCACUGCUAACAAGAUUUCCCUCAUUAAGUGCUAAUCCACACAGCAGAGUUGAGGGGUGGCGAAGAAGAAGACUGGUCGAUUCGUCAAGUGUAGACACUACAAGGGGAAUGAACGGACAAGAGACAGGUUUACAGCUUCAUUAAUUGAUAGUUGUAAAAGUGUUUGGCAGAUGGAAGCUAAAGCUUUUUAUUAGGAUCACAUAUCUGCGGUAGGCCCACCAUCCCAGCUUUGACAACCUACUUGCAUCGAAUGGUCUCCACCUGACUCAUUACCGUUCGAGGGCAUGGACAGAUUCCCUCAUGUGACUUGUUGCAAUCAAGCAACAUGUCUGAAGUAAAGCACAACUCGAGGCUCCAUCAAUAAGUGUGAAUAUAUGUAGUAUGGAAUCCGUGGGGCGAGUGAAGAAGUCUCUGCGUGCGCCCAUCAAGAGACUUACCAGCUGUGUGAGCACCAUGAGCAAAAGGAAGUUGUGCGCCAAACGCUGGAACCACAGAGCUAGAGGUACCAGAGGAAGAGGAGGUUACGACAAAAAAAGGAAUGUCCCUCUUCGACGAACCCCCGUCAAAUAUCCGUCAGUACUUCGCUCCUACCAGGCCGACUUGGAGAAGGAGAGAAAGCUGCGUGAAGCCACGAAUGCUCAGAAAAAUGCCGAGAGAGCGGCCAUGAGGGCUCACUUCAGGAGAAAAUAUCAACUGGCAGAGAACUCCAAGGACACCAACCACCUGAGAUGCGCCGGCGGCAAGGUGUCGCUCCCCCGCGAGCUCUCCAAGCUGGUACGUCCCGACAACAAGAUGAAGGAUGACAGCUUUAAUCUGCUCAACGCCUUCCAAGGUCUCCGCUUGGGAACACUGACGGGGUCCAAAAACAGCAAAUACGCCACCACCGCCACACCCCGGAGAGGGCGUGCUUGUCAAGUCAUGUGACUGACUCAUUGUAUU